AUGAGCACAGUGCUGAGACUUGCUCCUGAGGGUCUCAGGAUCUUGCCAAACCCAGUCAACAUAAUGGGUCGCGAACACGACGAGGCCUCGCUGGCCAGCAAUGAGAAGGACCUCGAGAAGGUCGAGAUCAUCGAGCAAUACAAUGUCAACAAGUAUGCCAACAUCGGCCUAUCUGCAGAGGAUGCAGACUUCUACGAGAACUUCCCCGAGGAUAAAAAGAAGAGUAUGAUUCGGAAGAUCGACAUCCGACUGGUGCCGGUGCUCGCACUGCUGGGGAUGACCGACGAUCUCAACCUCACCGGCAUUCAGUACAACAUCGCUCUCUCUAUCUUCUUUGUACCGUACAUCUUGCUUGAGGUACCGUCAAAUAUCAUUCUGAAGAAGUUCAAGAGACCAUCGACAUACAUUGGGAUCCUGGUGCUCGCAUGGGGUAUCGUUAUGACCUUCACCGGAUUAAUCACGAACUUCGCUGGUCUUAUGGUUGUCCGAGUAUUCCUUGGUAUUGCAGAGGCUGGAUUCUUCCCUGGUGCCGUCUAUCUGAUCACAAGAUGGUACGCGCAACGUCAAGUACAAACCCGACUUGCCCUUUUCUACUGCGCGAGUGCACUUUCCGGUGCCUUCUCUGGCCUUCUUGCAUUUGCCAUCGCGAGAAUGGACGGUGUGGGAGGCAAGCCCGGCUGGGCAUGGAUUUUCAUACUCGAAGGCAUUGCUACAGUCCUGAUCGGUGUUGCUUGCUUCUUCAUUAUGCCAGAUACACCAGCCCUCUCCGGUCGGUGGCUCAAUCAGGAAGAGCAACGAUACCUGGAAAUUCAGACAGUCAUCAAAGAAGGAGGUCGAUUUGCGAUGGAGAACGACGACAAGUUCAAGUGGACCUACCUCCGCGACCUACUUCUCGACUACAAGGUUUAUAUGCAGGCCUUCAUCCUCUUCACCGCAUCGAUGUUGGCCUACGGUCUCAAAUUCACGAUGCCCAGCAUUACCAAGUCGAUGGGCUACACGUCGGCAAAUGCCCAACUGAUGACCAUUCCGCCAUACGUCGCCGGCGCUAUUUCUGCGAUCGUCCUAUCGAAGGCUUCCGAUCAUUACCAAUGGAGAGCGAUCUUCAUCUUCGGUCAAAUGGCCGUCGCUCUGGUUGGCUUCUGCAUUCUGCUUCCUCUCGCGCCGAACAUUGUGAACCAAAUCGGUCCUUGCUACUUGGCUGUCAUGCUUAUUUGCAUCGGACAAUAUCCCACAAACCCAGCAGGUUCCGCAUGGAUCUCCUCCAACCUGGCAGGCGAUACGAAACGGGCUAUGGGAAUCGCACUCAACAUCUGUCUUGGCAACACUGGUGGAAUUGCAGGCUCGUACAUCUUCCUCGACAGCGAAAAGCCAGGCUACCCAACCGGCUUUGGCAUCGGUCUCGGCUUUGCCGUUGCGACCCUCUUCUGCGUCGUUGUUCUCGAGCUCUCGUACUGGCGAAUCAACAAGUCGAGAGACAAGCUCGACGAGGAAGAUGUGCGACGGCAGUACAACGAGGAGCAGCUUGCGAGACUUGGUGAUAAGUCGCCGUUGUUCAGAUACAAAUAUUAGAGAAGCAUGGUCGACAGCACAAGGGUCUUGUAUACGAAUACAGUAUUGAUGCUGCUGGGGAAGGCAGCGGCUUCAGCUUCAUACCAUUA